GUUUGUUUUUUGUUGUGUGCUUUAACCUCACUUCUAUUCCAUCUACCCUUUCACUCAAAACCCCAAAACGAUCCUCAUUUUUCCAUCACUCAACACCACCGACCUUCCGGCGGUGUUUUCCGGCAACCCACCACCUUCUUUCCUUCUUUCUCAAUCGUUUAGUUCUGUUAAAGUUCUUCGUUUGAAUUUAUGAUGAGAACACCAUUCAGCAACUAAUUUUCCUCUGCAAAGAAGUAUUGUAUGGAACUGUGGUGGAUUUAGUUCUUGAGAUCUUUAUAGCGGAAGGCCAAAUAGUCACUUCUAAUUCCAGAGACUUGAACCCUUAUUUAGAUUCAAAGUGAAAACAGAUAGAAAUGAUUGUAGCUAGAAAUUUCUCCCCUUCAAAGCUUAAGCCGCUCUUUUAUUUAUCACUCCUUUCUGAGUGCAAAAGUGAUGUGCAGUCGAAUCUUUUUAUAACCUUAACACCAGACUCAAACCCCCAUCUCCAUAGACUUUCAAAAAUUUUGCCACAUCGAUCAGGUAAUUUGUUUAGGCAUUUUUCUUCACAACCUGCAGAUUCAGCGCCAAAAAAAAAUUUGCCCCUCUCCCGUGAGGGUAAUUAUGACGAAGGCACUUCUCAAUCUUUUCAUGUCUGUCCUGGUUGUGGGGUUUAUAUGCAAGAUUCCAACCCUAAACACCCUGGUUAUUUCAUUAAACCCUCUGAGAAGGACAUUAAUUAUAAAUUGCAUACCCAUCUUGAACCUGUUGCACAAGAGCCUGAAUUCUCUAAUACUGUUAAAAAAGGGUUUGUUAUUGAACCAGAAAAGCUUAAUAGUGAUGCCAAUUUGACCAGGAAGCAAGAAAAGCCAGUGGUAUGUGCACGUUGUCAUUCCUUGAGGCAUUAUGGGAAGGUGAAGGAUCCAACUGUGGAAAAUUUGCUACCAGAUUUCGACUUUGAUCAUACAGUGGGGAGGAAGUUGGCAUCAACAACUGGGACCCGUUCGGUGGUGCUUAUGGUUGUGGAUGCAGUGGAUUUUGAUGGGUCAUUUCCGAGGAAGGUUGCAAAGUUGGUUUCUAAGACAAUUGAAGAUAAUUAUUCUGCGUGGAAGCAGGGUAAAUCAGGGAACGUGCCUAGAGUCAUACUUGUGGUUACAAAGACUGACUUAUUGCCUAGCUCAUUGUCACCAACAAGAUUGGAGCAUUGGAUUAGGCAAAGAGCUAGAGAGGGCGGCAUUAUUAAGAUUACUAGUUUGCACAUGGUGAGUGCACUCAGAGAUUGGGGACUUAAGAAUCUUGUGGAUGACAUAGUUGAUUUGGCUGGAUCUAGAGGGAAUGUAUGGGCUGUUGGGGCACAGAAUGCAGGAAAGAGUACAUUAAUAAAUUCUAUAGGCAAGUAUGUUGGAGGGAAGAUUACACAUCUGACAGAAGCACCUGUUCCAGGGACUACACUGGGCAUUGUAAGAGUGGAGGGUGUUCUUCCAAGUCAGGCAAAAUUAUUUGAUACACCUGGCCUUCUCCAUCCUUACCAGAUUACAACAAGGUUGAUGAGAGAAGAGCAAAAGCUUGUUUACAUGACCAAGGAGUUGAAACCUAGGACAUAUAGAAUUAAGGCUGGUCAUUCGAUUCACAUAGCUGGUCUUAUGAGAUUGGAUAUAGAAGAAACGUCCCUGGAUACUAUCUAUGUCACAGUGUGGGCAUCUCCUUAUCUUCCUCUGCAUAUGGGUAAAGUAGAAAAUGCAUGUAAAAUGUUUCAAGACCAUUUUGGAUGCCAGUUACAGCCACCAAUUGGAGAGAAACGAGUUGAAGAAUUAGGGAAUUGGGUGAAAAGGGAAUUUCAUGUUAGUGGAAACAGUUGGGACUCGAGUUCUGUAGACAUUGCUGCUGCUGGCCUUGGUUGGUUUGCCAUUGGACUUAAAGGAGAAGCAGAGUUGGGUGUUUGGACUUAUGAAGGAGUUGAUGUUGUUCAACGCAACUCCUUGAUACCCUAUAGAUCAAAUACUUUUGAAGUUACAGGAUUUACCGUAUCAAAGAUUGUCUCACAGUCUGACCGAGCUUCAAAUAAGCCACGUCAACAAAAUGACAAAAAGACGAAGCGGAUUGACUCAAAAUUGCUAUCUAGUUCAGUUGAAUCAUCACCGUUGACUUCUGAAGGAGGCAUAUAAUGAUGAUGUCAGUUUUGAAGAAAUCCAAAGGAAUUUAAUUGCCAUUUAGUUUCUAUACAAUACAAGAGAUGAAUCAAAAUGCUAACUAAUCACAUAAUUUCAGGCUUGAUUCAAGCAAUGGGAGUGAUGUGUGAUGGUGGUGAGGAUCAGUGUGGCAUAAGACAGUUUCGUAUUCCAUUUAUUUUUCAAAGAGGUGUCCUAAAUUUUUCAGAAAUAAUUUAUGUUGUGUUUUUUAUUCUAUUAUUGCGGAUCAGAAUUGACACUCAAAGUUUGGAUCCUUCUGAGUUAGCUGAGUUGGUUUAAUGAGCUAAUUAACAUUGCACCUAAAUUGGUUCUCGUUUGAGAAAUUCAAUUCAAUCAUUGACUUUUGAAAAGGAAGAUAUAUAUGCAAUAUAUUCUCCAAUGAUAUUAGUAGAAUGUGUGCGUGGUUCACAUUGAAUUGUAAUUUGUAGCACAAUCCAGCAGUGGGGCUAAAUAUUGUAGUAUGACUUAUAUGCUACAACUAACUUUUUGUGGAUUAACACUAGAUCGUAGAUCAAUGCACUGGAAGUUUAAUUUUA